UGGAAUCCACGAGUUGCGGUCGUGGGCCGAUUAGAAAUAGAAACAGGAGCCCGUUUGGUUUUGGCCGGCUCGCCAGCAGCACCCACACCUCUGCCAGGACACGACCAACGACAAACGGACAGCAAACAACGCGCGCGAAUAUAAAAAAAAUACAGCACUCUUUCGCCGCCAGCCAGCCUGCCAGCAUGAACAGCGAACUGCUGCACCUCGCCUUUUGCCUAGCCUACAUUAGCACAGUUUUCGCAGACGAGGGACACGGAUUUGGAUACGAUGGACUUUCAGGGCCUGAAUUUUGGUCGAAAAGCUUCCAAACGUGCGCUGGCAAAUAUCAAUCUCCGAUCGACAUCGAGGAGCACAAGGUGACCAAAGUCAGUAUGAAACCCAUGCGGUACCACGGUUUUGCAGACAAACCCCUCAGCUCAACGGUGUCCAACAAUGGCCACACUGUGAUGCUUCAGUUGAAAACUGAGGAGCCAUUGGCAGUGUCUGGAGGACCCUUGCAUGGCCACUACCUUUUCCAGCAACUGCAUUUUCACUGGGGCCACAACGAUUCCGUCGGCAGCGAAGACACCAUAAAUAAUCACAGUUUUCCUAUGGAACUGCACAUGGUUUUUUACAAUGAAAAGUACGGCGACUUCAACAAUGCCCUGAACCACAAAGACGGCCUUACAGUUCUCGCUUUCUUCUACGAGGUGAGCUCGGACGACAACUUUGCUUACGCUGAAAUGGUUGAGCACCUGCCUACCGUGGUGCUGCCCCAUUCCGAGGCCAGACUGGCCCGGCAACUGCCCCUCGAGUUGUUGCUGCCCCGCGACAAAUCUCAAUACUACACCUACAACGGCUCCCUAACCACGCCACCCUGUUCCGAAGUUGUCACCUGGAUCGACUACAAAGAGUCAAUUCCACUCUCCCACGAACAAGUUGAGGAAUUCCGGAGUUUGAAAAACACAGACGGCGACUUGUUGACGCACAACAACCGUCCGGUGCAGCCGGUCGGAGACAGAAUUGUGUAUUUUAACGAGAGAGAAGACUAUGGAGACAGUGCAGCCGGUCCGAUCAGUGCCACGCUGCCAUUGGCACUCUUACUUGUGAUAAUUCUAUCGAUGGUUUAAAUUAAUUGCGUGUCGAACAAAAGGAAAUAGACUGAAUAGAUGUGCAAAAUCGCCUCGUGUAAAUAAUCGGGUUUGAAGUAAAUUAUAAACUCUUGCCUUUGCGGAAGAAUUUAUGAAAUUUAUGUAAAAAACAAAAAUCAUUUUGCAUUUCUCGUCAAUGCUUGUACCAUUUGAAAAUAUAAUAUAUGUACAUAAUAA